ACAGUCAAAUGAAGAAGAUUCGUGAGUCGUGAGCAUCUUCCACUUAUUGAUCCUGUUUUUUUUCUUCUCGUCUUAAAACAUCUCCCUACUCCUUUACCCGCUCUAUUUCUAAAUUCCUCCUCCUUCCUUCCUUCUUUAAAUAUAUACUAGUAUAAAUCCUAUUCCUCCCUUCACUUCUCUUCUCUGCUGGCCACAUUUUUCCAGAUUAAGCAUAGAAGCUCCUUGCACACUUCUUCCAACUGUUGCCAGCAAGUUCUUGCUGGCAGGUAAAACCAUUUUGCUCAUUCCUUUGAGGAUUAUGAGUUCCCAGACGGCACUGAAACCUAGAAAAGCCUUAGAGGGAGUACAUGGGGUGCAAGUGGCUCCUCAUUCACCAUUUGCAUUGGAGGAGAUUAACCAACAAGGCGACUUCCAAUCCUCUCAUGAUAAAUCAUUUAUUACAGCAAAUCAACCACUAUUGAUGCAAGUAUGGCAGCAGAGACCAGCUUGUUUAAGGCCUGUACGAUGUUGUAUGCAAGGGGACCAGAAUCUUCUAGAGACAGUUGCCAAUGUCUUAACAUCACUUCCUUUUAUUGCUCUUGGGAUCCAGGCCCCAAGGAAAAAUUUGAAUUCUAAGCUGUAUGCUAAUUCAUUAAUUGGAGUAGGUGUUACCUCUACUUUGUACCAUUCUUCAAGAGGAAGGCUGAGGAAGUACUUAAGGUGGGCUGACUACACAAUGAUAGCCACAGCUACUGUGUGUCUAUCAAGAGCUCUUAGAAAUGAGAACCCAAAGUUACUGAUGGCAGCUUCUGCUUUACUGCUGCCUGUCCAGCCUCUGAUGGUUUCAGCUGUUCACACUGGAAUGAUGGAGGUAGCAUUUGCAAAAAGAGCAUUAAAAGAUCCAGAACUAAGGAUGGUUCAUCAUGUGCAUAAGAUGUCAUCAUUCUUGGGAGGUGUUCUCUUCAUUGCAGAUGAUGUGUUUCCUAGGACUCCUUUCCUUCAUGCUGCAUGGCAUCUUGCCGCAGCUGUCGGUGUUGGCACCUGUAACAAGCUUCUUGAGUAGUUCUAUUGUUGCCUGUUGGCAAUGAAAGUUCUCCCUUUAGGAUGGAAAAAAAAAAGAAAAAAAAAACCGAAAAAGAUCAAAAUAAUUGAAUUACAAUGUAGAUCUCGUCAUUCAUUUGCAGACAAGUUCAAGCAAACCCCCUCCAAAAAAGCCAAAAAUAUUAACUCCAACUGCCAUCCAGAAUUUGUAACUCUAGAGCUGUAACGUCCCAAAGUUUUGUUACUGUGAAAAAGAAAUGAUGCAUAAAUGCCAAUGCAUCAACGUUCUCUAAAAUUCCUGCAUGAAA